ACGAGAGAGGAAAAGAAGCGGGGAGGAGGGGGAGACCCAACUGGAGCUGAGAAGCAGAAGAAGCAGAAGUGAGGGAUCAAGAGCUGGGGGGGGGGCAGCAACGUCAGGAAAGAACCCGAGAGAGGCAGAGCAAAAGCGACGGGCGGCUGAAAGAAGCCAAGCUCAACAAGGCAGCGGCGGGGGGCGGCGGCGAGGGCAAGAUAAGAGACGGGCAGGAGCAGGAGAGAGAGAGCCUGGGAGGGAAGGAGGCAGCGAGCAGCAAGUGGCAGCCGCCCGCCGGCGGAGCGAGGGCUCAGGAGCUGCGCAGAGGUGGAAGGCGAGGGAGGGCAGCCCAGGGAGAGGAGGUGCUCGGCGCUGCUCUUGCUGCUCCCGGGAAUGCCCAGCCAGGAGAGAGAUGCAGACGGCGCGCGGGGACGGGGACUGCCUCUGGCCCGACGCGCCGGGCGUGAGUUCAGCCGCUGCCUUGCCUUAGCCCGCUGAGGGGCUCGCCAGUCCAGCAGCCGCCCCUUCCUCCUCUCCCUCCUCCCCCCCUCCCGCCAUCCCGCCCAGCUGUCGGGGGGCCAUGGUGACCCUGGGGAAGCGCUGCCCGCCGCUUCCGCCGCCGGAGUGAAGGCGCUGCCUUCUGGCCCCCCACGCCGCCUCCCCCAGCCAUGGAGAUGCCCAACAACACGACGGAGGCGGCCGCGGGCAACGGCAGCCAGCCCAGCAGUCCGGCGCCGGCGGUCAGCCUGGGCUACCAGCUGGGCACGUCGGUGGUGCUGGGCGUCCUGAUCCUCUUCUCCGUGCUGGGCAACGCGUGCGUGAUCGCGGCCAUCGCCCUGGAGCGCAACCUGCAGACGGUGGCCAACUACCUGAUCGGCUCGCUGGCCGUCGCCGACCUGAUGGUGUCGGUGCUGGUGCUGCCCAUGGCCGCCCUGUACCAGGUGCUGGGCAAGUGGACGCUGGGCCAGGUGACGUGCGACAUCUUCAACUCGCUCGACGUGCUGUGCUGCACCUCGUCCAUCCUGCACCUGUGCGCCAUCGCCCUGGACCGCUACUGGGCCAUCACCGACCCCAUCGACUACGUCAACAAGCGGACUCCCCGGCGGGCCGCCGCCCUCAUCAGCCUCACCUGGCUGAUCGGCUUCCUGGUCUCCAUCCCGCCCAUGCUGGGCUGGCGGACCCCGGAGGACCGCUCCGACCCCAACGCCUGCACCAUCAGCAAGGACCCGGGCUACACCAUCUACUCCACCUUCGGCGCCUUCUACAUCCCGCUGCUGCUCAUGCUGGUCCUGUACGGGCGCAUCUUUAAGGCGGCGCGCUUCCGCAUCCGCAAGACGGUCAAGAAAGCCGACAAGAAGCCGCGGCCGCAGCCGGCGGAGCAAGUGGCCGACACCUGCCUCUCCGUCUCGCCCGCCAGCGAGCCCAAGAAGAGCAACGGCGGCCCCCGCCUUCUGUCUCAGCGGCAACCGCAGGCCAAGAGUUGGGGGAGCGCGGGGGAGCCCAAGGGCGGCGGCGGCGGCAACGCCUGUGUCAACGGGGCCGUGGUCCGCCCGGGCGAGGACGGCCCCGCCGUGGCCGCCUCGGCCCUGGAGAUCCUGGAGGCGCCGCCGCCGCCGUCCAACUCCAGCAAGGGCCACCUGCCGCUGCCCAACCACCACCACCACCACCACCACCAGCAGUCCCCGCCGGGCGCCGCCACGCCGGCCACGGAGCGCAAGAACGAGCCCAAGAACGCCGAGGCCAAGCGCAAGAUGGCUCUGGCCCGCGAGCGGAAGACCGUCAAGACGCUGGGCAUCAUCAUGGGCACCUUCAUCCUCUGCUGGCUGCCCUUCUUCAUCGUGGCCCUGGUGCUGCCCUUCUGCGAAGCCGGCUGCUACAUGCCCGAGUGGCUGGGCGCCGUCAUCAACUGGCUGGGCUACUCCAACUCGCUGCUCAACCCCGUCAUCUAUGCCUACUUCAACAAAGAUUUCCAAAGUGCUUUUAAGAAGAUCGUCAAGUGCAAGUUUUGCACGCAGUGACUGGGGAGCCCGAGGAAGAAGAAGAAGAGAAAGACGACACUGUCUUUGCUGGGGGCAGCGGCGGGAUAGGGGAGAGGAUGCGGGGCUGGGAAAGGGGCGGGGGCGGCGGUCACGGAGGGCCGAGGGGCGGCCGCCGUCUUAUUCUGCCCCGCUCUCUGCCCAGGCUCCCUGAACUUCUCUGCGCAUCUUCUACUGCCGGAGAUGCCUGGCGGACCACCUCCUCUGAGUUCCAUGAUGACCUAGCAGGCUUGCAGGAGGGCCGGGACAGUCCUCCUGCCCCCUCUUGAUUGGCACCGAUGGUUCUUUUGUUGCGGGGGGCAUCUCAGUUCGCCCCCCUUCAGCCCACUUUGGGCGCUAGAAUGGAGGUUUCUCUUUGCCCUGCCUUGGCUUCCUUCAGACAGACAAGAGUCAAGUCCACCCAUCUUGCUCUGCCCGGCAAGGUGAGACAUUCCUUUCGGUUCCACCACCACCCACCCACCACCACCACCACACUGCCCCUUUUCUGAACUACCAUCCCGACGGCUCAGGAAGGUAGGACGCCCCUGGAGAAAGACUGUCUGUGUUUGUGGUUGUUGCUCCCGGCCUCGACUCCUUCUCAGAGUUUACUCCUUACUCCAGCUGUGGAAACUGUUGGAUCCAGUUGUCUCUGGAAAGGGGGUGAUAGAGGAUUUGGGGCUGGGCUGGGCUGGGGG